AUGGAGGAUGGAAAAACUAUUGUUACCUAUCGGGAGAAAAGUUCCAAGGUUAACCAAGGCAGGCUGAAGAGAAGGAAAAUUACCCCUAACGAAGUCAAACAUAUUGAAGAUGGCAAUGAUCCAAAGUCAUUUACUUUUGUAUUCAAUUUCUACAUGUCAAAAUGGUAAUUAUAGUCUGCAAAGUGCAAGUGCAUUGAAGUGUUAAAGUUAGUGAAUUCUAUUAAGUUCAAAUUCAAAAUGUGUUUACGACACGCUCUGUUAACAUAUUUCUUUGUGUAGUCCUUUAGAUGCAGAUAGCUCAAGCUUGUAUUUGAAGGCGAAAACGAAAUGGUGUUUUGGAAACGAAUCAUGGUAUGAAAACCGACCAGUUGGGCGCAAUACGCUUGCAUCGACUUAUAAAAGAAUUUGCAGUUUGGCUGGUCUCGAGGGGCAUUACUCAAAUCAUUCAGGAAGGGCGACAGCUGCUACAACACUUUUGAAAGCAGGUAUUCCUGACAAAAUGGCGUUGAAAAGAACUGGUCAUCACAGUUUGGAAAGUCUACGGGAGUACCAGACUUUAGAUAUAGAUGAUACGAAACGGGUAUCAGAGGCGUUGAGCUCGUGUAGUUCUGCAGAUACGUGUGUAAUAAAUGAAACAUCUGUAGAAUCAAAAGUUGUGCAUGAAAGUAAUUUGGAUUGGGUUGAACAAUUUAAUGAGGAAUCAGAUUUAUGUGACGUUAUAUUAAGUCAGGCGUUAGACGUGUAUGAAAGUAAUUCUAGAAGUGAACCAUCCUAUAAUAAUACUUUAAAUGGUUUGUUCUGUAAUGCUAAUAUUGGGACGGUAAAUGUCUAUAUUAGCAAGUAAUGAUAACAAUUAAAUGUUUGUGUGUUUUUCAGUGCAUAAUUUUGUGAUAAUUUUGCUCAAACUUUCCAGGUGAUGUGGUAAUACUAAUACGACCCGUAGUGACGUUAACUGAGGUCGUAUUAGUUCUAAUACGACCUGUACAUUUGAGUAGGCGAGUAAAUUAGUUACUAAUACAGAACAAUAGAAAUUCACGCAAACAUGAUAUUAUGAAUACAUAAAUGAAUACACAGCCUAAACAAUAUAUCUUCUGGCACUAAGUGGGCGCCGGCUAGCUCCUUGCUAGGUCUGUAAAAUGAAUAUACCGUCUAAAUAAUAUCGGCACUUAAUUGAAUGCAUAACAUCAAUUUAUAUAUUGCUUAGAUUCUCGAAGAAUUACUCAAUAUUCACGUCUGAAAUGUUUAUAUAUUUGAAAACAACACUCUCUCGCUCUUUCCUGCCUCCGUAUAAUGGGUAUACCGUGAAAAUAAUAUCGGCACUCAAUUGAAUGCCUAGAAUCUCAAAGAUUUUCGACUCAAUAUUUACGUCUGAAAUGUUUAAUAAUAAUAUAUACACUUGAAAAAAAGCACUGUCCUAGCUCCUUGCUAGGUCUGUAAAAUGAAUAUACCGUCUAAAUAAUAUCGGCACUUAAUUGAAUGCAUAACAUCAAUUUAUAUAUUGCUUAGAUUCUCGAAGAAUUACUCAAUAUUCACGUCUGAAAUGUUUAUACAUUUCAAAACAACAUUGUCUCGCUCCUUCCUAGCAUCGUUAGCAUCAUCACGCCAUCGUGAUCUACGGCUUGAUAGCGUAUGCGCAUUUGCGCUGCUGAAGAAAAAAUCGGGUGUUCCGGGGUAAAUAUCCUUUACACAACAUGAGAAGCGCAUGUUAUAAAAUUUACAAUAACGACAACAAUUCCUCAAAAUAUUUAUAAACUUGGCAAAACUUGACAAAACGCUUAAAGAAUAUUUAAAUAAGACAACUGAAAUUGCCUAAAUAACCUUCAAAGCACAGACUAAGUACGAUAAAUCACUACGAACAUAUACCGUAUACACCCCCCGGAAAGUUUACUGUAUGACUGACUGACUGACUGACUGUUUCGUUUGAAUUUCCCCCCAGUCAUCACAAUACUGUGAAGUUUCGAAGAAACUUCACACUAAAAAUGCUAUUCUAAGACAGUUCAACUAUGGAUUAAAUGCUUUCAACUUUGAAGUAGCGAUGUUAAAUAUGAUGUACAUGUGUGUUACUUUUAACACUGCUGUGGGCAAUAACAUGUGAAUUAUUGUUUUUUUUUCAAGGCACAACUGUGGCUUUUACAGCGGAAAAUGAUGACCAUCAAUACACUUGAUGAGGAUAUUAUCACAUCGAUUGUCCCAUCGUUUCCAAUCCUUGAUAUCACCUUUAGGAGAGGUAUCGCAAUGAUAAAAGGCGACAAUCAACAUGUGUUGUUCAAUGCAGAAGACGCUGUACGACUAGCUGCACAAGAGAAAAUUGUUGGUACUAAAUGGUGCCAUAUCACUAUUGAAGAAACUAAUUAUUUGGUUGUGUGGAAAUUUGAAAUUCUUACGGGUGAACCAACUGUGGCAAAUCAAGAUCAGGCUACUGCUGGAGAUGAAAACACUAAACAUACUCUGCCAUUUAAAGUUCUGGGAGUGUCCUACAAGAAUAGGCAAAUUCAUUUAAAAUGUGUUAGUGAGAAACUGAAGAGAAACGAAGAAGUACAGAUUAUGAUCAAACCUGAGCCAGAUAAUGACCACGACAAAUGCAAUUGCUGUGCUUCUAAUUUGUGGAACUUGCUGGAAAACAGUUGGCUAUAUUGCAAGUGAACUUACAAAACACUUACAUCCCCUAAUAGAAAGUAACAGCAUAAAUAUCACAAUAGCCCACAUUCGGUUUCGAGUAACCUAUAUGUUAACAGGUUACUAUUUAACUAUUAACAUAACCCGGAAAGGACAGUGGUGUUCUCAAGUUAUUACAGCUUCAAAAAGUGUAAAGUAACUACACAGUAGUAAAUAAUAGACAGAUUUAGAUCGAGGAUGCGGACGUCAAAGACGACAUGAAAAUGGCGUGGCAUAUACGGGGGCACAACAUGCCAUUUUCACAUCGUCUUAGACGUCUGCGUCCUCGAUCUAAAUCUGUCCAAUAAUAGUAUGUUGGGAGAACAGGUGGCAGAAACAGUUAAUGCACUGCCUCUUACAACAUGUAGGUUGAGAGCAUGGGAUUUACUUCAGUAGAGUAAAUUUUGUGCACUUAAAUAUACUUACAGUAUGUAAGCAGAGUUUGGUUGGUUCUCUCCUGUGCUUCAUCCCUCACUAAAACUAACAAUAGACCUUAGAAGUGCUUAUGUCACACCAGUGACAAACAAUGAAUUGCAAUGCAAUGUGGG